AUCUGCCCCCUCCCAGCUGCUAUAGCAGGAGAGCUCUGGGCUUGGGCAAAUCUGCCUCAGACCUGACUGGGUUUGCUUAUGAAGUACAAUCUGUCUCAAGUAGCCACGAUGCAGAAGAGACCUGGGAGCAGAAGGGAUGGUACAGAUGAAGCAGCUGAUUAAAACUAUUCCUGUAUCUUCAGUCUGAUUUUUGUGGACAUGGGCUCCACAGAACUCUGGUGAUCCCUGUUGCUCACACUUGUCACCAUGCUGGCAGAAGGCAUCCUAACGAGGCUCAUCUAUAAAGAAAACUGUCAUCAAGAUAAGCCUUGCAAAUCUCCUGCAUCCCAAAAGGCUAAAGAGGGAAUCUGGAGACAGAAACUUGUAGACAUCCCAAAAAUUAAAGGCUUUGCUGAUAGAUGUGAGAAGCGGGAGGAGCUCUCUGCCAGAAGCAGCCAAGUGGAAGCCGGGAGCAGCCCCCGAUGGAGAUCCAUGGAAAAGGAGCCUGCAAAAGAUCAGGAAAUGCUGGUUAAAGGAACUGCAUCCCCAGCUUUACAUAUCCCCAAGAGAGGAGGAAGCCUAGACCAGGUGGAUUUGUACAGAUCCUGGCCUUGCAACAGCAUUUACCAGAACUAUCCUGACCUGCAGAUCGGGGGGAACCACGUGGGGGGCCACACGUGUGACUCGGGCUGUGUCCUGGACCAUGUGUGUGAUGAACUCCCUGACGGCCCCGUCCUGCUCUCCAUAGAUAUUCCCCAGGGUCAGUCCCCUCUGUGUGAGCAUCCUGAAAAUCCCAGUGGGAUGUCCCUGCCUGGAGAGGAAGCUGGAGAAAGGAGCCUCAUGCUCAGUGAGGAGCCCCUUUCCAACUCCACGCUCAACAAGUACAUGGAAGCCAAAGUGGCAGAGCUCUACAAACAGUUUUUUGAAGAAAGCCUGGCCAGGUGUGGUUCCAUAACAAACCUCCUCACCUGCAGCUGGAUAAGGAACAGCCUGGACCAGAUAAGUGUUCAGAUCUCCCAGGAGCAGAACAUAGAAACCUCCAAAGCCAGAGGAGCCCUCUUGCAUUCGUUGGCUUUGUUCAGCUCCCACAACGCUUCCAACAGGAACAGCUCCGAGUUCAGCACCCCAAACCUCCAAAUCUCCAACCCAGUGGGUGCAAAACAGAGCUGCAGGAUGGAAUUCACAUCCUGACGGAGCUGCUCAGCUCAGGAGAGGGAUGGGAUUCGGGUAUGAAUGUUUCGCUCUAAGGAUUGGGUUGGGAAAUGGAAACAUUUGCACACUACACUUGUUCUAAUUAAUAUCUUAAGUCUUAAACCCCUUUGGUAGCAGGGGAAGUAAAGGUCACUGCUUUCUAUUUUCUAAUGGAGAAUUUGAAGUUAAUUUCUCUCAAAAAACUGGUCAAUCAUGUUUUUAUAAUAUAUAUAGAAUCACAGAACUGUUAAAGCAGGAGAUGACCACUAAGACCAUCAAGUCCAACCAUCAACCCAGCACCAGCAAAUCAUGUCCUUGAGUGCCACGUCCACACAUAAAAGCAUUAAUUUUCUGCAAAAUCAGCAGAGAUGACUGCAGCAUUCCUGAAAAAAUAAUGCAAGAUUCCUGGAUCUUCAUUAGGAAAUUUAAACACAGAUUUUUGAAUGGAAAUUCUGUUGUUUAGCUCUCAAAUACAUUUUCUCCCCUUGCUCUUGCUUCUCAGAAAAUAUUUCAGCUGGAAAUUAUUCUUUAUGUCACUGCUGUAAAAUGAGAGAUGAAUUGGAGUGUUACCUGCUCUGCAGAAAUUUUUUUCUAAUAAAGUUUUUAAUUGGG